ACCUCAGCCCGUCGGCCCAAGAUAAACAACACUGGUAUCGAGGCUAACGACUGUCGGAGAGCUUGUGUUCACGGACUUUCAAAAUGGCAAAGAAACCUUUGGACUUCGGAUCUUUUUGAUUCAUUUGACACAUCUGUUGCCACACUCCAUCCCUAGAUCUGGGUUAACUCUCCUUAACCAUGUCUUCACGCGUGUUGCUCCGGCAGCAGCUGAUGCGAGAACAGGCCCAGGAGCAGGAGAGACGGGAGGCCCAGCAGCAGGCCUCCGUCUCCCAGCUCCGGGCUUCUGACUCCACUCCAGCCAUCUCCGUCACUCUGCCCCCAAAUGCUCCCCGCCCGCCUCCGGCACAGGUGCCCGUGGAGUUGCUGAAAGUGCAGACCCACUUGGAGAACCCCACCAAGUACCAUAUCCAGCAGGCUGUGAGGCAGCAGGUGAAGCAGUACCUCUCCACCACUCUGGGCAACAAUGCGAUCACUCAGACCCUGGGGGUGUCCCCUGUGCAGCAGUCCAGCUCGGCCCCUGAAGCCGCUCAUACAGCCAGCAGUGCCCCCAACAGCCCUAUGGCUCUGCUCAACAUCGGCUCCAACAAGGAGGAAAUUGACGAUGUGAUCGACGACAUCAUUAGUCUUGAAUCCAGUUUUAAUGACGACAUCAUUUCGCUGAUUGACUUAGGACUUCAGCUGCCUAGCACGCUCCCAGGGAAUCUUCUGGAUGUUUACCACAGUCCUGGAAUGGCAGCAACUCUCACUGCCAGCAACUCCUGCCCCGCUGACCUUCCACAAAUUAAAAGGGAAAUUUCUGAAUCAGACGUCAAAGCAGUAAUGAAAGAAAGGCAGAAAAAAGACAACCACAACCUCAUCGAGAGGAGGCGGAGAUUCAACAUCAACGACCGUAUAAAGGAGCUGGGCACGCUGAUACCCAAGUCAAGUGACUCGAACUCUUUCCUGCACCACUCUUUUGCUUCUGCAUGUAAAAAUCCCACCGUCUUUCUCUCCCAGGAGCUGGAGAUGCAGGCGCGGCUGAGCGGCCUGGGCGGGCUGAGCCCCGACCCCCCCCUGCUCCAGCAGCAGCAGCAGCAGCAGCUCCCUCAGAGCGGCCAGCUUCCCAGCGCCGGAGGACUCUCCUCCCAGAGCCACCUGGGCCUCGUCGGACAGCCUCUCCCGGCCUCCUUCCUGUCCCCCCCCUCCUCAGACUCUCCCGCGGGGGUCACCCUCAGCAGCCCCCUGGACCUGGGCAGCCUGAGCUUCGCCGAGCUGGACGACGCCUCGGCCUCGGAGUUCUACCCCGACGUGAGCUUGGGAGACAUUCUCAUGGACGACGGGUGCACCCUGGAUCGGGGGGGGGAGUCUUUCUUCUCCCCUCUGUCACCCUGUGCCUCGAAAACAAGCAGUCGCAGGAGCAGCCUGGAGAUGGACGAGGACUUAUGAUGAGCUCUUUGAUUGGCAGAGACUGUCUGCAGGGACGAGAAGGCCGGGGCGUCUAUCCCAAAAUAACACAAGUCUGUUUAUAGGACUGAAACAAUAAGAUCAAAACUAACAAACAUUGGACAAAGUACGUUAUUCCUAAUUUCGCCAUACAGACCUUAUUAUUAUGAUUAUUGUUCCUGUUUGGAGCUGUUCAGAUGAUUAUGUCUGGGUUUUUAAAUGCAAUCUUAUCAAGAAAUGUAAUAUUGUAUAAUAGGGGCAUGGAUUAAGCGAUAACACAUUCUAUAAAUAGAUUUUACUUCAGAGAUAUAAGAGGGAUUUUAAAGUUUGCUUGAAUUUAUUAUAUGCUCAUACUUAGGGAAGAAAGCUGUGAGGUUUAUUUUUUAACAAACAAAUUAUAUUUCGUUUUUUUUUUUCAAAUGACUGGAAUCAGGGUUUGUUUAUAGCAGCUGCUCCAUGUUGGUUUGUCUCACCAGCAGCUACAGAAGGGAUCUAUGUAAAGUGAAUUGGCACAUCGUGAAAUAUUUACCGCAUAAUGUAUAUAAGAAUAUUUUAUUUUGAGCAGUUUUAUUGCACCUUAUUUGAAGGCAGUCUAUGCAUUUUAUGAGAGCUUUUGUCUGUUUUUAUUACUAUCACACACAGUGGACGGAUAAGGCCCAGGGAUGCAUGUAUUUGUAAUAACAUUUAAAAGCAAUGGAAAAUCACUCUCUGCUGCAGCUAGCUAGCCAAAGCAGGACUUCUUCCAGAGUAGCUAUUACAAAUCAGCGGUUUUUUAUUUUUGAAUAUAUUCACGCAGUCAAUUGAAAUGCAAGACAGAAUGAGAACAAUUUCAUCUUUUACAACAGUACUGCAGUUCAUUACACUUUUAUACCUUAAUAGAAGUCGCCUCUUCUCACUAAUAUCUGUGUUGUCAGUCGUUGUUUGUCACUGGGUGAUUUGACUGGUUCUUCAAAGAUUAUGGCUUCUGUUUUAUUUCGGUUUUUGGACGAUCAACAGUGAUGCAUCUAAUAGUUUAUUAUCGCUCAUUGUAGUUUGAAUUCAGAGGGCUUUGACUUUCUUUUAAACCAACCACUAGCCUCACGUCUGUAACGAUAAGGUAUAACCGUUUGUCGUGUGAAACCUGCAAUGCAAUUAUUACUCAAUAAAAUAGCCACAACGUUUAGAAAGGCAUUUUAAUUGGUCAGAUGCUUUACGCGACAUGGUGUACAGUACAUGAAUGUGAGUUUAAAAUUUUCUUUUUUUUAAAACACUGACAGACUGAUUUUUAUUUUCCUCCGACACAACCUCCAAGUUAUUGACUUGUAUACAUUUUAAACUACUCAGCAGCCAAAUAUAUUCUAACUAUUUGGUGGUUAGAUUGAUUGAUUAUGAGCUCUGCUACAUGGCUAAAUGCUUCAAAACUGCGUUGUUCCUAGUCCCAUAAAAUGAGAGAUUUUACCGCUCAUACUUAACGCCCUCCUCCAUAUAUUAACCAUGUCCUACCUUGACAUUUAUCUGAGUGCUAACAUUGACUGUUAACCAUGAACUGGUAGCAUUUGUGUCCCUACAAGUUGGCUUUCGGAAAAGAUUUUAACAAAUAAAUGAUUCCUAUGUAUAUUU